CCAAAACACAAUUGAUCAUAUUCCUAUAUCAAGCUGAAACGAUUAUCUCCUUUCUUUUCUCGUCAAAUGCUUCACAGUUUGAAAAGACCCGGAACAGAAGCCGGCGAAUUGAAAGUCAAACUUCGAAAGCUUGCUAUGAGUGAAAUAAUUCCCCCAGUGAAGUCUUACAGUGAUAAGAAGCUUUAUAGACAUAUUAAACUCCAAAAUGGAUUGUCAGCAAUGCUUGUUCAACACUUCAUAGACGAUGACACUUCAAAGCAUGAACAUCACAAUAAUGGUCGUCAUAAAAACUUGUCCGAAUCUGAAGAGUCAGCUGUAAGUAAUCAAAAUGAUGAAGACUCUGAAGGUGAUGCGGAAGAAGAGGAAGACGGUGAUGAUUUAGAUGAUGAUCAUCCUAAGGAAAAAAUGGCAGCAGUUGCUCUUUGUAUACGUGUAGGAAGUUUCUUUGAUCCAGAAAAAGUUCAAGGAUUGAGUCAUUUUCUUGAACAUAUGAUUUUUAUGGGCUCAGAAAAAUAUCCCAAAGAAAAUGAAUUUGAUCAAUACAUUUCAAAUAAUGGUGGGAGUGACAAUGCCAUGACAGAGUGUGAAUACACAAUGUUCUACUUUGAAAUAGUUGAAGAACAUUUGAAUGAAUCUUUAGAUCGUUUUGCACAAUUAUUUGUAUCACCAUUGAUGUUGAAAGACAGCAUGGAAAGAGAGAUGGAAGCGGUUGAGUCUGAGUUUCAGAAUAACUUAACUGAUGAUGAUAAUCGAAUAAUGCAACUUUGUGCUUCUGUUGCUAAUGGCCCAGCUUCAACAUUCACUUGGGGAAAUUUAAAAACACUCAAAGAUGGAAUCACAAAUGAUGAACUUUACGAGAUUGUUCAUGAAUUUCGUCGAAGGCAUUACAUAGCAAACCGAAUGUUUCUUUGCAUUGAAUCUUCGUCUCCUUUAGAUGAUCUUCAAGAACUUAUUAAAGAGAAAUUUUCAUUAGUCAAAAGUGGACCAAAUCCCGAGCCACUUCCUAUCCCAGUAAAUCUCUUUAAACCAGAAUUUUAUGAAAAAGUUUUUUAUGUAAAGCCAAAAGCUGAUAAAACGAAACUUUACAUAACAUUUUUACUUCCUUCAAUGGAAAAGCAUUACAAGUCAAAGCCACAUGAUUAUCUCGCUUACAUUAUACAACAUGAAGGUGUUGGAAGCUUAAACAGCUUUCUCAAGAAAAGAUUAUUAUCGAUAAAAAUCGAAGCUGGACUUGAAGAUCAAAGUUUUGAAGGAAAUUCAAUGUUUAGUCUUUUUUCCAUAAGCGUCACUUUAACUGAGAAAGGAUAUGAAAACGUUGAGACAGUUCUUGAAGCCAUCUUUUCAUUUCUUUUAAUGUUGAAGUCAACUCCAAUUGAAGAACAUAAGAAAGCUUACAUGGAAUUAAAACAAAACAAAGAAACUGCGUUCAAGUAUCGUGAAGAGAAGACAGCGACAGACAACGUUGAAGAGAUUGCAGUUAGUAUGAUGUACUAUGAACCGGAAGAUAUUCUGACUGGCAGUGAAUUGCUUUUCGAUUUUGAUUGUGACAUUGUGCAAGAUUUAAUUGAUUAUAUAAAUGAACGGAGAUUCAACAUUUUGUUCUUGACUGACAAACAUGAACGAUAUGAUAAAAUCGAGAAAUGGUUUGGCACUGAAUAUGAUGAAAUUGAUUUUCCCCAAUCUUAUGUGAAAUUAUGGGACAACAGACGAAUAAAUUCCGAAUUUUCAAUGCCGCCACCGAAUGAAUUUAUUUGUGAGAAAUUCGACAUCAUCGUCUCGAAAUUAGAUUCAUCGACAUUGCCACAAUUUCCUGAGAAGAUUUAUGAGAGUAAAAACUGCGAAUGUUUUUAUAAACUCGACAACGUUUUCAAAUUGCCGCAUGCUUUCAUUUGUCUAUAUUUUGUGUCUCCAUUGACGAACUCGUCUGUUCGAGGAAUGGUUUUGACGUCGAUUUAUUCAAUGAUUGUGAAGCAUUACAUGACAGAGAAACUUUAUCCAGCUAUUUGUGCUGGUCUUGGUUAUCAGCUUUACUCUGAAGAGAAGGGAAUGUUGCUGAAGCUUAGUGGAUAUGAUGAAAAGCUUCCACUUCUCCUCGACAUCAUUACAAAAGAUUUAAAAACAAUUCGACAACGCAUGGAAGAAAAUGUGUUUGAAACAUACCGAAAGCAUUUGAAGAAAAUCUUUAACAAUAAUUUGAUUAAUUCGAAGUUUCUUAACAAAGAUUGUCGACUGAAUAUUGUAACAGAGCAUCACAAAUUCUUCUAUGAUCGCUUUAAUAUGAUUGACAACAUAAAUUUCAAGGAACUUUUAGACUUUUCCGAUGAUUUUCUGAAACAAUUGAACAUUCAGAUUCUCGUACAAGGAAAUGUGACAAAGGCCAAAGCGAUGUCGAUUGUUGAGAUGGUGAAGAAGAAUUUGCCAUGCGAAGACGUCUCUGAAAAGAUUGAAUCGCGUACUUACAAGAUUCCUUCAGGUAACAACACUUUAUGUGUUAAAAGCAUGCUUCCAAAUGAUAAAAACUCGACAAUCACAAAAUACAUUCAACUUGGCGAAUCAACAAUUCGACUUCAAUGUUUAAUUGAAUUCGUUGAAAAGAUCAUGGAAGAGCCUUUGUUUGAUAUUCUUCGAACUCAAGAGCAGUUAGGAUAUUCCGUGUCAUGUUCACAUCGAUGCAAUCACGGAAUUCUUGGAUUAUGCGUCAGUAUUCAAUGUCAAGAGAAUAAAAAUCAAACUUCAGUUGUCGAUGAGAGAAUUCAAAAGUUUCUUACAAACGACAUGAUAGAAAUUCUCGACAAAAUGAGUGAUGAAGACUUUGAGACAUUUCAAAAUGCACUCAUCAAGUUGAAGAAUAUGGUGGAAGUUGAAUUGGAGUCAGAAGUUGGACGUCACUGGUCAGAAAUCACAUGUCGUGAGUACAUCUUUGAUCGAUUACAUCUUGAAGCACAAAUGAUUGCACAACUAACAAGAAAUGACGUCGUAGAGUUUUAUAAGACUCAAAUUAUUGCAGCUGAUGCCCGACAUUUGUCAAUUCAAGUCAUUGGAAAUGCAAAUGAAGACAGCGUUGAAGUUGUUGAUGAUCAUGUUCCAAAACUUGAAAUUAUUUCAAACCCUCAAGAAGAUAAAAACUUUAUAAAUGACAUGAACGUCUUUAAAAGUUCACUUGAACUGUAUCCAGUGACUAAAACAAUCAUCGAUCUGUUCACAAAUAAUUAAUAAGUCAAUAAAUUGAUUUUCUUCACAUUUUAUUGUGAUGAUAUUUUUAUGAAUACAUUUGCUUGAGUUUUACUUCUUUUUACAUGUCUUCAUCUUCUUAAUUAUAAUUAACUCAUCGUAGACGAGUCUUUUUCUUUAUCUCUUGAAGUCUCCACAUUCCUAUUGAAUUGAAUUAACAAAACUUUUCGAUUAGAUAAAAAUUCUACAAACAAGAAAAAAGUUUCUGCUUAUCAAGAACAAGAUAAGCCAACGGAUUAUGCGUGGGUGUUUGUGAAAUUGGAAUGCAGAUAACUCGUUAUGAAUGGGAAAGAAAUUUCUUUUUAUUUGAUUGCUUUUGUAGACUCUACUACUUAGAAACAUUUGAUAAAGAAAUUAUCCAAACAAUUAUCAAUUAACCAAAUCUUCAUCCCUUCCAAUCCCUCCCUUCACUUUUUUAAAAGAUUUUCACUUUCAGUGCUAUUAAAUAUAUGAGAGAAAACUAAUUAAAAUGUCACCAUGAUUUAUGAUCAAAGAAUAAUAUGUUGCCCACCAAAUGAAUAAAUUUAAUUAAAUAUUAGAUUGGAAAAAAAGUAGAAAAGGAAAGAAAAAAAAUGCUACGACAAAUAAUUUCACCACUUGCUGCAGUUAUCGUCAUCAUCAUCAAUUUCUUAUCUUCAUAUUAAAGAGUUUUGAAAAAGAAAGAGCAGAAAAUGUUGUUUUAUUAUAUCGCUGAUGAAAGAAAGUAUUAAAGUUGUUAACUUAAGGACAAUUGCCCCAAUGCCAGUAGACGUUCAACAGCAGCAUUAAUAUCGCCGAAACAUGCAACUAAAGCUGUAAA